ACUACAGCUCCCGGCAUGCCCGGCGCGCGGUACCUGCCCGCCCCCAGCCGCUGCUUGGGGAGGAUGCAGACGCCUGGGCGAGCCGGGAGGAUGGAGGCCGGGGAGGCAGCGCCGCCGGCGGGGAUGGGCGGCCGCGCGGCGGGCGGCUGGGGCAAGUGGGUGCGGCUUAACGUCGGGGGCACGGUGUUCCUGACCACCCGACAGACGCUGUGCCGGGAGCAGAAGUCCUUCCUCAGCCGCCUGUGCCAGGGGGAAGAGCUGCAGUCGGACCGGGAUGAGACCGGGGCCUACCUCAUUGACCGUGACCCCACCUACUUCGGGCCCAUCCUGAACUUUCUCCGGCAUGGCAAGCUGGUGCUGGACAAGGACAUGGCUGAGGAGGGCGUCCUAGAGGAAGCCGAGUUCUACAACAUUGGCCCGCUGAUCCGCAUCAUCAAAGACCGAAUGGAGGAGAAGGACUACCCCGUCACACAGGUCCCCCCCAAGCACGUGUACCGCGUGCUGCAGUGCCAGGAGGAGGAGCUCACGCAGAUGGUCUCCACCAUGUCUGACGGCUGGCGCUUCGAGCAGCUGGUGAAUAUCGGCUCUUCCUACAACUAUGGCAGUGAGGACCAGGCUGAGUUCCUGUGUGUCGUGUCCAAGGAGCUCUACAGCUCCCCACAUGGGCUGAGCUCGGAGUCCAGCCGCAAAACCAAGAGCGCGGAGCAGCAGCUGGAGGAGGAGCGGCAGCAGGAGGAGGUGCAGGUGCAGGUGGAACAGGUGCAGGUGGAGGCAGAUGCCCAGGAGAAAGGUUCCCGUCCGCACCUCAGACCUGAGGCUGCGCUGGCCGUGAGGGCUCCUCCCCGGCCCCUCGCCCGCCCCCAGAGCCGCCAUCCCUGCUGUUACAAGCCAGAGGCACCCGGAUGUGAGGCCCCAGAUCACCUCCAGGGACUUGGGGUUCCGAUCUGAAAUCCUUUAUUUUUGUACCGCGGGGUGGGGCCCCGGCUCCAGGCAGAGGAAGCACUCUCCCCCCUGCCACUUCUGUCUACACCUGCGGGGCUGUGAUUUCCCCCCGCCUCUGGGGGCGGGGCAGGGGCCCGCUGGGACCUC